AUGCCGGAGUCAACAACGGAGGAUAUUUGUGUUCUUCAGAACUUACCAUCACUGGAACACAUUUUAGAUUACAUUGGUCAUAAAGGGUUCAUCAGUAGUUCAAGAAACGUCAAUAAGUGUAAAAGUGAACCCACACGUUUUGAGCACGUUUGUAACGCAUUUAUACUGGUAAUUAUCAUUAAUAUUAUUAUACUUCGUAGAUUUCUCCCUGUAAACACAGUACAAAAUAAUUUAUUACAACCAUUGGUAGUGUUGCAAUCAGUAAUUCUCAUGUUCAUUGGGUAUUAUCACGGCUAUAUCGGUCGCGCCGAGGCAGAAAAACGUCUACAAACUUUUGGCAUACCAAAUAGUUAUCUUUUGCGGCUAAGCCGUACAACUCAUGCUAAUGAUACAUGGGAGAACAUCUACGUCCUUUCGUACCUGUCUUCAGCCCUUGUUUGUUUUCAUUUUAGACUUAUUCCCCGUUUCAAUUGUUUUCAACUUGGUGGGAGAUUCUUUGAUAGUCUAGAUGGAUGUUUGUCGAGGUAUUACACUCGUGACAUCAUGACGGGAGAACGUCUAAAGCAACCCAUUCCACCCAUCAGCCUUCCAAUCGAAUAUCAUACACAACGUUUGCGUGCUGUACAGGAUUUCGAACCAGAAAAUGCUUAUGAUCGACUUGGAUGUGCUGUUGAUGAUCGUUUCCUAUUGGUACAUGAAGAUCCAAACUCAGAUUGGGUACUAGCUACUUCUUUGAAAUCUCGACAUUCAGGUUAUUUGCCCAAAUCCUGCGUUGAGAAAGAAUACCCAGAAAUUAUUGAACGUUUGGAAUUCUUCCAUCCCGAUUCAACCCCUCAUCCGAAAGAACUGCUUAAAAAGAUAUCGCAGGCUGUGUUUGCUGGACGACAAACUGGUGCAUUCAGUUAUUUGUUACGACCAUGUGACUCACGUCCAGGUCUCUAUACUCUCUUAUUAUAUGAUGGAAUACGAGUGCGUAAAUGUAGACUUGAAUUAGUUGUUCAGUCAGAACUUAUUUCUCCAGAGGAUGGGACACCGACCAGUAAUAAUAUUCAAAACAGUAGUUGUGAAAGAAGAAAUAGUGGUCCUUUGGAUGCGCAUGCAAAGGAACUUAAUGAAGAAUCAUCUUUUCUUGGUUCUGAUGAUGCCAAAUCAGAGGUGUGUAGAAGAUCAGAUGAAACAUUUUCAGGAGACAAAAAAUGGGAGAGCAGUCACUAUGCAAAGGAGUCCCCGACAAAUGAAGCUUCUAUCUCCAAUAUAAAUUUUCAGUUUCCUCUUUAUCGAACAACUACAAAAAUACUGUAUAGUGAUACAACUUUUCCUAGUGUUGAAGCUGUAGUAGCAGCGAUUGAAUCACACCAUUCUGACCUUUAUCAUUCUGAAGAGUCUAACACUCUAAAUGCUUCUGAUGCUGGAGAAUCUCAAAUGGAUGCUGAUUCUAUCAUUCAUUCUACAAAUGGCGCCACACCAGAAAACCAUGUACAGUCAAAUGAAUCUAGUUCGUCUGAUAAUUCAAAUACUCACACAACGCCACCUGUUUUCAAGCCUGUCAACCGAGAACGUAAGCCUCAAAUACAUCCUCCAUCUUCUACCAUCUAUAUGGAUAUGUUUUACGCACGUCAGCCACCAACUUCACAUCAAACAGUGACUGAAAUUCACGGGGAACUAUCUAUUUGGUUGCAACAAAGGAAAAAAUGGAAAUCAUGUUAUGCACAGUUAGAUAGAAAACAAAGUAUCCUAACACUAGUCGAUGGAGAGAAACGGAAGCCGGAAAGAUUUGAUCUUUCCAAGUGUGAUUUUUUUCCUAUUCAUCGUUCUGUGUAUGAAAAAGAUUAUUGUUUUGGUCUAAUCUUAUAUGGAGCCUCAGCAGGUGAUCGGGAAGAAUUUGUACUUCGAUUUAAUUUAUUCAGUGCAUAUGAUUUAGACGCAAAAUCGUACGCUGGUCGACCUGAAGAACCGCCAUAUAUUCAUCCAUUUCUGUUUCGUUCAGGUUGCUGUCGUUUUGCAUGUGAUUGGGCUGCUCGUUCAAAUUUAACCCCUGUAAAUAAUAACAAUAGUAAUAAUAAUAACAGGUCAACAUCAUCAUCAUUUUCGAUCACUGCAAAUGUGCAAGAUAAUAGCUGCCAUGUCAAUUGUAGUUUACCACCGGCCACCUUGGAAACUGUUUACCAACGUUGGGCGACAAGUUUAAAACGACACUGUCGUAAUACGAAAGGAGAUUCGGCGACAGAAGAUAAUGUAUCACUUAGACAGACACAUUUGAGAUGUUAUCGUAGCCUGGAAAUCAAGUUCAAUAAUGCCAAAUUGGCCUCUUCAUCGGCAUCAAAAUCUCGUCGAGAUGAGUCAGUUUAUUCAGUCAACUUAGAUGGAUUCGAAAUUGCGCGUGCAUAUUCUGGUUCUUCAGCAGUUUCCGUCUUCUUAGAUGAAUUUCCUUAUGGGUUUAAGAAGGUUGAAGUCUUAGUGAAGGAGGAUAAACGCAAACGCUCGGUUGCGGUGGAAUUAGAUCUUAUCCAAUAUAAUACCCGUGUACAGCAUCAAGUUAGAAAUACCACUUGUUCUGCAGUGACUGAUCAAGAUCAAAGAUUCUCUACAUGUCAUCCUUCAUCUUCAUCCUUAUCUUCGUCUUCAGUACCUUUGCACUAUUCUAUAUGUGAUAGACAAGAGCGUAGUAAUAGUCAGAUAACCAUUAUUCAUACAGAAUUGCAUGUAAUACCAUUUCAAUAUUAUGAAGGUUUCCGUCAGACGAUAAGAAAUUGUCUGAAUUCAGAAUUAGUUCCAUUGUGCAUUCAUGUUUGGAAUGCAUUAUCGCAUGAUGUAAAGAAAUCGAAUUUCGUCUCCAGUCUUUUAUUAAUAACGAUCGAAUUGAAUUGUCAUUUGGAACUGAUCGUCAAUUUAUUACGGAUUGAUGUGAAUAGUGAUAAGCCAAGUAAUUCUUUCCGAAGUAGUUCCUUAGGAGCUCAAAUCUUGGAUAAGUAUAGCAAUUCCGUUUGUUCAGCUUGGCGUAGUCAGUGUUUCCGACGCGUAUGCGAGAAAGCUCUUGAAGGUCCUCCACCAAUAUCAUCAUCAUCUUGUCAUGCAACUUCAUCUUCGAAUCCAUCUUUAAAUUCUAAUCAAUUUCAAAACAAUAACAGCAAUACAAAGUCUGCUUCUCAUCAACGCUCUAUUAUUGGAAAUAAUGUUCACUGUACAAAUACUGCAAAUUCGCAUAAUUCAAUAACAACACGACCUUGUUCGUUAUCUACCGGGGCUGCCACUGCUGUGACAUUUGAUCAAGCAUCUUCUCCUACUUCAAAUCAAAGUUCUCUGCAACAUCAUACACGUGAACAAGAAUGGUAUUAUCACUUACUCUGUAUCGUUGUAGACGAUCUGAUUACACAUGUGCGCACAUUCCCCUUACAGAUACGAUGGAUCUAUUCUGAAUUACAGGCCCUUUAUUCACCCAGUCACAGCCAUGUUGUUGUAUGUAAUCUGGUUUUCCUUCGUGGUCUGUGUCCAGUUUUAUCGAGUUGGGGUAAAACCGGUCGUUCAGAUUCGUUAAGUGGAUCCACUCAUGGUCUUUUGUCGGGUCUGUGGACUCCUGCAGUUUCUAAUGAUUCUUUCUACUCAUCGUAUACAAAUCCAGUCACUGGUGGUUCUUCUUGUUCUUCAUGGUCAUCAUUUCCUCAGUUACAUUCUGGUGUGAAUUCACCGACUGUUCCAUCCCAUGCAUCUGAGGCCUUAGUCGCAGUCGCUAAAACUUUGUUAGCUUUAGUUAACUUACCACCGAAGACUCAACCUGAUGGUAUAUUGUCAUCAGAACAGUUUAUGAAUUUGAGAAAAAGGCUGACAGAGGAAUUUCGUGUGCCUAUUACGUCUCCGCUCUCACCAAGUGAGAUCAGGCAACUGGAACAGUUGUAUGAAGCAGAAGCACGUAAUGCCAGUUGUAAAUCACUUAGUCGUGAACUUGCUCAACUAGCAAGUUACUUUUUGGAAGUGUUCAAUCCCAAGCAUCCUAGAAGUCAUUCAAUCAAUAGUAAUCACAAUAAUAGUAGUAAUAAUAAUGUUUCCAAUUCUUUUUGUUCAGUCAAUAAUCCCACAUCAACAGUCAUUAGUCAUGAGCAUAAGACAACAGAUUAUUAUCCUAUUUCUUCAGCUCCACAACUCUAUGCUUCUUUAAUUGAUCUUGCCGAGAAAACGCACCAGUUUGUGCUAUCUAAUUGA